AUGGGCACCGAGCAGUCCCUCACCCCUAUCAGUGCUCAGAGAGGGGACUUUGAGAGCCGGCAGGGAGGAGCAGCGGUGGACACCAUCAGUCAGCAGAGCUGCUACCCGGGACCUUCCUUUGGCCACCUCGUCCUUUACCUGGCUUGGGAGGCUGACUGCAUGAUGGAGCCCAGAGCCCCAGCCAGGUCAUCUGGGGACAUGGGGAUAACCAGGAACACUUACGGGGCCUUGCACUGUUAUGAACCUACCCGAGGGUACGGCUACAGCAUGAAACCAGUUCUCGUCAGACAACAGCGAGCCCACAAGAGACAGCAACAGGAGGAAAGCCACGACCACAGGAAAGAGCUUCGGAAAGAUGUUUGGGAGAAAGCUGUGCUUCCCUGCUCAGCUGGACACGGGGCUGUCCUGCCGUGGCUGCUGCAGAGCCUGAUGAUAAUCCUUUUGCUUCUCUUUAAUCGCCCCGGCUGCAGGGAGGUGCAGAAAGCUGUGAACACUGCCCAGGGGCUCUUCCAGAGGUGGACAGAGCUCUUGCAAGAUCCUUCCAUCGCCACGAGAGAAGAAAUAGAUUGGACCACUAAUGAGCUCAGGAAUAACCUGCGGAGCAUUGAGUGGGACCUGGAAGACUUGGAUGAAACAAUUAGCAUUGUUGAGGCAAACCCACGGAAAUUCAACCUCGAUGCGACAGAGCUGGGUAUCAGGAAAGCCUUCAUCACGAGCACGCGGCAGGUGGUCAGGGAAAUGAAGGAUCAGAUGUCAAACUCCUCCAUGCAGACACUGGCUGAAAGAAAAAACAGGCAGGCACUCCUGGGAGAAAGCGGGAGUCAGAGUUGGAGCUCUGGACCUGACAAAUACAGCCGUCUGGACCGGGAGCUGCAAUUAGCAAAUUCACACUUCAUCGAGGAGCAGCAAGCGCAACAACAGUUGAUUGUGGAGCAGCAAGAUGAGCAGUUGGAGCUGGUCUCUGGCAGCAUCGGGGUGCUGAAGAACAUGUCCCAGCGCAUUGGCGGGGAGCUGGAGGAGCAAGCAGUGAUGCUGGACGACUUCUCCCAUGAGUUAGACAGCACUCAGUCACGGCUCGAUAACGUCAUGAAGAAGCUUGCCAAAGUGUCUCACAUGACGAGCGAUCGACGGCAGUGGUGUGCAAUUAUCGUCCUCUUCGUCAUCUUGCUGGUGGUGCUCAUCCUGUUUUUUGUCCUGUGAUGGACUGAACUUCCUCGGAUGUCCCUUCCCCGCCCCUUCGCCCCCCAUAGCAUGGGGAAAUGAAACUCUCACCAUUUCCAUCCGCCCACAGAGAUCCCUCGCAAGAAAACCCGUGCCCAGCUCUCACCAUGCUCCUCUGAGGACCGCAGCUUGGCUCCGCUGUCGUCUCACCUGGCCUCAGGGAGAGCGGGUGCAGGACUGGAGCUGCCUCCUCCCCCAGUGCAGUGCGAUCUGGACCUGGACUCCAGAUCCGGACCUAGGCAGCUGGAGGGGGACUUGACCCCUGCGCUUCCUCCCCAUGCAGGUAGGAGCUGGUCGCAGCAGUCCCGAGCUGCUUGCGGACACAGAGGAGCGAGCCCUGGUGAGGACUGAAUGGGGGGGCGGGGGGGCGGAAUUAAUUCACGGAGCAUUACAAACCACAUCGCCAGCCAGCGGGUGCUUGCCAACCCAAAGCAUUACUGGGAGGAGCGGUGGCGUGAAACCCCACGCAGCCACAGCGAGGGAGCGGAGCCCUGGCCAAACUCCCUGUGCCCCACGCUGCCUUCCUCCCCUGGGCUGGCUCCGUGCCGCCAACUUACCGCCCAGAUACCACGGUGAGUCUGCAGCAGAGCACCCACAUCCACCACCCCUUGGCAGAAGCUUACAUGCAGGCGAGCCGUAGGGUGUAGUGUCCUGCCGUCGGCCGGCCGGCCGCAAUUGGAAACUCUGGAGCUUUAAACUUGGGUUGAUGCGCGCUGAAAGCUGGUGGCCAGAAAGCGAGUUUCUUAAAGCUUUUAAAAUUGCCUCCUUUGUUAUACAAGCCUCCAAAGCUCAUUGACUGAUGCUUUCUUUGCCCUUGUAUAACUGAGUAACUGCUUCUGUUUAACAGCUGCUUCCCUUUGGCAAGUGAUUUGUCAGGUCUAAAAUAACUUAUUUUUUUUAAGGAAAAAAAAAAAAACUUUAAAGAUUUUUUUGAUGACUGUUUGAGCCGCCUUCUCUCUGCGGGUGCAUGACACUCAUUAUCAGAGGAAUGGGGCUCAUUUAUGUAUUUUAAGUGCAUAUGAACUUGUAAAUAGGAUGUCUUGAUUUUUCCCAACCGCCAUUUUUUUGGCCACCUCCGUUGUAAGCAACCAAAAGGCAGGAGAUUCAAAGCUAGGUCACAUUUCUGUGUUAUUCCCCAGUCCUGUUUUUACCUUUGAGUUGUUUGUCACUCGAGUUGGCUCAGCAGUGUCAGAUAGCCCAGUUGUCUCCCUCAUACAGUGAAUUAGGAGCUAACCAGGUGGUUGAUACCAAAAUGUGGUGAAGAAAGCUCACCCUGGCAGCAUCACUGGGCAAAAAAGCAGAUGGGGGUGGGGGGAGUGUGUCUCAUGCUGCAGACACAGACUGCAGGAUACGGGGUGAAUCUUCAGGAAAGCAAAAACCAAUUUCUUACUAAAGUCUGCUCCCAUAUUGAAGUUGCAAACACUAAAAGAUUUGGGACAGGCUGGCUUACGCCUCCCAUCUGGGUCUCAGAUGGGGGUGGGGGAGGAAGUUCAUUGGUGCUGACAGUAAAACUUCUGCUGAAAUUGCAAAUCACCCCCAAAAAUCAUCCUCCCCGGGCAGGAAGCUCACCACCGGACAGCUUUACCUCCGGGAUGCUUAGCCUGGACUGAAAACUCUUCCCCGCUGGGUUUGUGCCUCCCUUCAAGCGGCUGCAUGACCCCCGUGCCCCGUCCCCCCUCGCAGGCGCUGGGAGCCGGUGGCACCGUGCCUUCCGCAGCGGGUGCGGGACAGGGGAAUGAGACCGAGCUGCCCCUCCACCCCUGGGUGGGUGCUCUCGUCAUUAACGCACACGUGCCCUUAGCACCAACCUGCACUAAUUAUUUCAUGGGUUGCUCUUGAUCCUUGCAGAGCACCACAUUUCUUUUGGUUACGUUGUGAGAAACGCAUGGUGUCUCCUUUCCAAGGCUGGCUAUUGCAGCGUCUGCGCGGCUCCUUGGGCUUAAUACCUCUCCAAGAGCAGGUUCCCGGGAGCGUGAGUCCAAGCAGGGAGCGGGGCUCACCGUUGGCCGGUAUUUGCACACCUCCGAUCCCCGUGUUAUUUUUGGUGUGGUUGCGCAUCCUCUGGGAAUGACUCCCAGCACUCCACGCGGGACCGCUCCUUCAUUAGUCUGGUGUACUUGCCGGAGGGUGGCCCAGCUGCUGGCAUCACUGCAAGCCACCAAACUGUCUCCAGUCCCUUUUCCUGUGUACAUUUGCUUUUUCUGUUG